AUGUUUGAUUCAGAGGCUAUAGUACAGCCUAACAAAUCGUCUUUUCAAACUUCAGACUUACAAUAUGAUGAGAGCCGAUAUGAGGAUGCAAAAACUGGAUUAGAAGAAGCUACAAAUUCAAAUUAUUUGUCGCUUCAUGGUCCAUUACAUCAGCGUAAUAGCACACAUGGCUAUAAUAAUCAUACAGAGGAGCAUUCCCAAUCCACAGUAUUCACGAUGGUACACCAUAAACAAUACCAACCCAGCAUGACCACUAUGAAUACAAAUGUUAAGAAUAUCGAUAAUAAUUUGUCUAGUUCGAAUAAUACUAGGGAAAACAACCAAAAUAAUAAGGCUUCAUCCAGAUACAAAGAAGAGCACAGCCAAACAUCGAAUAAGUUCAAAAUACUGCAGCAUAAUAUGAAAGAAGAAUUACAUAAUACAAGCGCUUCGAAGUCAUCAAAUAAGCGUAAUAGGCGGUUUAUAACAUCUAGACUGUCAUCUUUAGGACCUGCAAAGCGUAAUCUUUCUACAUGCUUUAACACUGACUCCCCUGGCGGUUCGCGAAUUGAAAACAGUGAAAUUAAUAGCAGUACAGUAAACGAGGAGUCUAACUUAUCACAAUUAGAUAAUGAAAACUCUCAUUUGUCUAGUUCAUCUGCUACAGGGUACAAACAUCGUGAGCAUAAUAUAUUCUUGGAAGCACAUAAACGAAAUUCAACCCCAACAUAUGAUGAAAACAAAGAUCCUUCGCUUCCUCAACAGCCCAUUAUGAAUUAUAAUAACAUUGAUUUCGGGGAUCUAAAUCCAUAUCAGUACUUGAAACAGCAUAACCUACCUAGCGGAGAGCUACCUUUCAUAUCAAAGGUUUACUUCGAAAGGCAAAAAGAAGAGAAUAGAAAAACGGUGUUGAGGAAGGCAUCUUCUGGAACGCAGGCGUUAAAGAGAGAGUUUACCACCCAAAACAUGAGGUCUCAGACUGCAAGACAGCCUAGAAGAAAACCAAAUCUGACAGUUGAUAGGAGUGUAUCGUAUGAUCCACUUUCGUCUCCUUUGCUAAAUACUAAUAAAGAAGUGUUCCAAGAACAUGAUAUCAACAACCUUCCGAAUAAGCGAGAGGCGCUGAAACCGCUUGAUGUCAACGGCCCUUCUAGUAGUCAGGAAUCGAAGCGGACAAAAUAUAAUACUCAAUUUUCUUCACAAGAGCACCAUGAACCAUUUUUCUCUCAUAGAAAGGCACCCUCACCUCAAGAAUCAGCUUCAAAUAAGAAGAAAGUAGAUCUAAGAGAACCUCCAAAAUCAACCGUAGAAGUCGUGCCAUUAAAACCCGAAAGUAAUAAUGUCAGUGUCUUCAGUGAUAAUGCUAGAAGAGAUCACUUAAAUCGGAAUAAUGAUAGCAACCGUGAUGAUUAUAGUUCAAGAAAAAAGCCAAUGUACGUAGUCCCAACCAUAACGGUGAAUGGCACUUCGUAUGAAAAAGUCGAAUUACUAGGUAAGGGUGGAUCAGGUAAGGUUUACAAGGUUAAAUCUUCUGAUCAUAAAGUAUAUGCAUUGAAACGGGUUUCAUUUGAUGAGUUUGACGAAACAAGUAUAGAGGGUUUUAAGGGAGAAAUUGAACUCUUGAAGAUGUUAGAAAAUGAGCAACGUGUCGUACGGUUAAUUGAUUAUCAAAUGGGUCAAGGUGUUUUAUUUUUGUUGAUGGAAUGUGGGGAACAUGACUUAUCCCAAGUACUAACACAAAGGUCUAAAGAACCUUUUGAUAUGGAAUUUGUUAGAUAUCACUUCCAAGAGAUGAUGAAAUGUGUAAAAGUUGUACAUGAUGCAGAUAUUGUUCAUUCUGAUUUGAAACCAGCGAACUUCGUCUUUGUCAAGGGAAUGCUAAAAAUAAUUGAUUUCGGUAUAGCUAAUGCCGUUCCAGAUCACACUGUAAACAUCUAUCGUGAUAAUCAGAUUGGGACACCAAAUUACAUGGCACCAGAAACAUUAGUAGCUAUGAAUUUCACAAAGAAUGAUAGUGAGCAAGCUAAAUGGAAGGUAGGGAAACCGUCAGAUAUUUGGUCCUGUGGAUGCAUUCUCUAUCAAAUGGUUUACGGAAAACCACCAUAUGGAUCGUUCCAAGGUAAUAAUAGGCUUUAUGCUAUCAUGAGUCCAGAUGUCAAGAUACCAUAUCCAGAGAAGGACUCAUAUGGAGCAGUGAUACCAAGAACUGUAAUUGAGACGAUAAAAUCAUGCCUUGAACGAAACCCAAUAUCUCGUGUAACAGUUGACCAACUGUUAUCAGGUGCAUUAAUAAACCCUGUCACUGUUACGAAGUUCUUCAUUCACGACUUAAUAAAAAACGCUGUCAACUAUGGGUGCGACCAAAAACAUGUUAAUAAUGAUCGGGUAGAAGAAUUAUCAGAAGAUGUUUGGAACAAAUUAGCUGAAUUUAAGUUAUAG